UCAAGUCGGACCAGCCACCGGUUUACUUUGCUUCUCCCUCCUUCUCCCCUCCAACCACCGCCCCCACCUCCCUUUACAAUAAAUUAAUCAAUACAAUAAUAUAUUUCUCUCUCUCUUUCUCCCAUCGAUCAUUGCUCUCAACGUCCCGAGAGUGGGAGAAAGACUCCAGAUUCCCUCAUCCCCUCUCGAGGUGAAAAAGGAAAAAAAAAAAAAACCCUAAUUCUUCUUCAAAUUCUUCUUCUCCUCGAAUCAUGUCGAUGUCGGAUUCUGACUCGUCCUAUGGCGGAACAGAGUACAAGAAUUUCCGCCAGAUCACUAGAGACCGGUUAUUGUAUGAAAUGCUUCGAUCAACCAAAGUAAAGGAGUCGAAGGUAACAUGGAAGGUACUCAUCAUGGACAAAUUAACUGUCAAAAUCAUGUCAAAUUCUUGCAAAAUGGCAGAUGUUACGGUGGAAGGAGUGUCAUUGGUGGAAGACCUUCACAAACGAAGGCAGCCCAUGCCUGCCAUGGAUGCAAUAUAUUUUAUGCAACCUCUUAAAGAAAAUGUUACUACGUUCCUUUCUGAUAUGUCUGGGAAAAGUCCUUUGUAUAAGAAGGCAUAUGUGUUCUUCAGUUCACCUAUAUCGAAAGAGUUGGUGUCUCACAUAAAAAAUGACAGAAGUGUCUUACCUCGCAUAGGUGCUUUGAGCGAGAUGAAUUUGGAAUACUUUGCCAUUGAUAGUCAGGGUUUUGUUACUGACCAUGAGAGGGCUCUGGAGGAGCUGUUCGCUGAAAAUGCAGAAAAUUCUCGCAAAUACAAUGCUUGCUUAAAUACAAUGGCCACUCGCAUUGCUACAGUUUUUGCUUCUUUAAAGGAAUUUCCUUAUGUGAGGUAUCGUGCUGCAAAGUCUUCUUUAGAUGCUUCCACUAUGACAACUCUCCGUGAUUUAGUCCCUACAAAGCUUGCUGCUGGAAUUUGGAACUGCCUUGCUAGGUAUAAAACUACCAUUCCUGAUUUUCCCCAGAGAGAAACAUGUGAGUUACUCAUUGUGGACCGCUCAGUUGACCAGAUUGCUCCUAUCAUCCAUGAGUGGACCUAUGAUGCAAUGUGUCAUGAUUUACUCAACAUGGAAGGUAACAAAUAUGUACAUGAGGUGCUAAGCAAAUCUGGAACAGUUGAAAAGAAGGAGGUUCUUUUGGAGGACCAUGAUCCUAUCUGGCUUGAGCUUCGGCAUGCACACAUAGGAGAUGCUAGUGAAAGAUUACAUGAGAAGAUGGCAAACUUUGUGUCAAGGAAUAAAGCAGCACAAAUUCACAACUCAAGAGACACUGGUGACCUAUCGACAAGAGAUUUACAAAAAAUGGUGCAAGCUUUGCCACAGUAUAGCGAGCAAAUCGACAAGCUUUCUCUCCAUGUAGAGAUUGCAGGAAAAAUCAACAACGUAAUUAAAGAGUUGGGACUUCGAGAAGUUGGACAACUUGAGCAAGACCUUGUGUUUGGAGAUGCAGGAACGAAAGAAAUAAUCGAGUUCUUAAGGAAAAAUCAGGAUGCUACACGAGAAAACAAGUUGCGUUUGUUGAUGAUUUAUGCAGCCAUGUACCCAGAGAAGAUAGACGGUGACAAAGGAGCAAAGCUAAUGCAGCUAGCAAGAUUAUCAGCUGAUGAUGUUAUUGCUGUGAAUAAUAUGAGAUUCUUGGGAGGAGCAGAUACAAAAAAGACAUCAGGAGGGGUUUUCUCUCUCAAAUUUGAUGUACAUAAGAAGAGGCACGCAGCAAGGAAAGCACGCAAUGAAGAGGCAGAGACAUGGGCACUAUCACGAUUUUACCCAAUGAUAGAGGAGUUAAUUGAGAAACUCACAAAGGGCGAGCUUCCGAAGAAUGAGUAUCAGUGUAUGAACGAGCCAAGUCCUACUUACCAUGGGAGUGCUUCUGUUCAGUCAAGCCCUGUUCAUAGUGCUCAUUCUAUGAGGUCAAAGCGGACUGCCACAUGGGCCAGGCCUCGUAAUUCAGAUGAUGGUUAUGCAAGUGAUUCAGUGCUAAGACAUGCCUCUAGUGAUUUUAGAAAGAUGGGCCAGCGCAUCUUCAUAUUUAUUAUUGGUGGAGCUACUAGAUCUGAGCUACGUGCAGUUCACAAGCUAACAUCAAAGCUAAAGAGGGAAAUCAUCCUUGGUUCAACCAGCCUUGAUGAUCCUCCCCAGUUUAUUACGAAAGUGAAAUUGCUGAACGACCAAGAUUUCUCAGUGGACGACCUUGAGAUUUAACCCGUGAAUACAUGGAGUAGCUCAUCUCAGUUGGGAGAACCUUGAUUCUUCUAAAGAUCACACCAACCUGCACAGAGCAGCACCAUGUUCUUCAUGGUGAGCUUACAGUUGUAUGCAGAUAAAAAGUUUCAAUGUUUUGAAUUUCUUCUGGGAUGGUGCUUCUUUUUGAAAGAUGUAAUUAGUUACUACAUUAUUCAGAUUGUAUAUAGUGUCUCAUUGCAAUUUAUGGUACGUGACCGGCUUGCAUUCAGCAGUUAAGUUGUAAAAGGUCAAAUUUGAUUGCGCUGAAAUUUUGAACCAUGUAUGUUUGAUGGGAGCAUGUGGAACUGGAGCAUGUCGAUCUCUUCUGGCUUGCUUUUAGAAUGUUAUUUUGCCAUUUUCUUGAGGAUUUCUUUGUUUUGCUUU